GUGCCUAUGGGUGAAUUUGAACCAUCAACCUUUCAGUUAGUAGCUGAGUACUUAACUAUUUGAGCCACCCAGGAACUCCACUGUGAGGGGGUUUGAUUUGUGAGAAUUCAUUUUUUUACUGCUUUAAAAAACAUUUCUGUGUGUAGCUCACUUCACAUUGCUGCUCAAGUAGCUAUAUGAGCUCCAGUGGUUACUGCUGUGUAUUGCUUUGAAACUGUCGACCAAAUAUUUCUAAAGGAAUAGAACAUAUUCCUCCUUCUUCAUACAGGGGACCAUUUUUUAAAUUCCCAGCCCUGAAGGUCACUACUGCUCCUUGACAGAGUGGCUGGGUAAGCCAUUGCUUCUAGGAGGGGAAUUCUUCACUUGUUUCCAUUUGAGAUUUGGGCCUUGAUUCACUUUGCAAACACUUAUCCAGUGACAGGUCCUGGGCAGUGGGACUCCAAGGUGUGAAAUCCAGGUGAGAGUAGUAGUAGCAGGAGUAUCACCACCUGUCUAACUUCAGGGGGACAGUGCGAAUCGAGAUCAGCCCAAGGCUGGUUCCUGUGAGGCAGAAGUCGGAUGUACCUCCGCUCUCCAAUCUUUCUACCAAUUCUGACACCAGCCGUCCCUCUCACGGCGCUCUCUACUUCUCUGCUGGGUUUGAUAAUCUGCUACAGUGGCCACACAGAAUUCACAGACCAUAAUUACAUUAAACAUGUAGUUCCUUGGGUUGAUAUCCAGAAGUUAGAAAGAACAUCCAAUGUCUUUCUGACGCAUACCAUCCGAAUCACCACGCACAAUAAGGAACGAGACUUCUCCAUGUUCCUGAACCUCGAUGAGGUGUUCAAGAUAAUGGAGCAGCUGGCGGAUGUGACGCUCCGAAGGCUGCUGGACAAUGAGGUCUUUGACCUGGACCCAGAUCUGCAGGAGCCAAGCCAGAUCACCAAGAGGGAUCUGGAAGCCAGAGCACAGAAGGAGUUCUUCCGGGCUUUCUUCAGGUUGCCGAGGAAGGAGAAGCUGCAUGCGGUUGUCAACUGUUCCCUGUGGACGCCCUUUAGCCGUUGUCACACCGUGGGAAGGAUGUUUACCUCUGAUAGCUACAUCUGCUUUGCUAGCAAAGAAGACGGUUGCUGUAACGUUGUCCUGCCACUCAGAGAGGUGGUGAGCAUUGAGAAGACAGAGAACACAAGUCUGCUGCCGAACCCCAUCAUCGUCAGCAUCCGGAGCAAGGUGGCCUUCCAGUUCAUUGAGCUCAAGGACAGGGACAACUUGGUGGAGAGUCUCCUGAUGAGGCUGAAGAAGGUCCAUGCCAACCAGCCUGUGCAUUAUGACACCUCAAGAAAUGAAGACACGACUUCGCCUGUGUUUCAUUCCACAAGCAUGCGUGACGAUCACAAGUUUGGGGAUCUUGAAAUGGUGUCUUCUCAACAUAGCGAGGAAAGUGAGAACGAGAAGAGCCCACUGCUCAACCCUGAGGCCCUGAUAGCCAUCUUCCAGCAGUCCGGCAGCCAGAGCCUGGACUCCCGCAUGUCCAGAGAACAGAUAAAAAUAAGUCUGUGGAACGACCACUUUGCGGAAUACGGCAGAACCGUGUGUAUGUUUCGCACAGAAAAGAUCCGGAAGCUCGUAGCCAUGGGGAUCCCUGAAUCCUUACGUGGCAAGCUAUGGCUGCUUUUUUCAGACGCUGUCACAGACCUCGCCUCGCAUCCUGGUUACUAUGGGAAUCUGGUGGAGGAAUCCAUGGGGAAGUGUUGCCUGGUGACGGAGGAGAUCGAACGCGACCUGCACCGCUCCUUACCGGAGCACCCCGCCUUCCAAAACGAAACGGGAAUCGCUGCUUUGAGGAGAGUCCUGACAGCCUAUGCCCACCGGAACCCCAAAAUUGGAUACUGCCAGUCUAUGAAUAUCCUGACCUCAGUCCUGCUGCUGUACGCCAAAGAAGAGGAAGCGUUUUGGUUGCUGGUUGCUGUGUGUGAGCGGAUGUUGCCCGACUACUUCAACCACCGAGUGAUAGGGGCCCAAGUGGACCAGUCUGUCUUUGAAGAGCUCAUCAAGGAGCGCCUCCCCGAGCUGGCAGAGCACAUGAAUGACCUCUCUGCCCUGGCGUCCAUUUCUCUCUCGUGGUUCCUGACGCUCUUCCUCAGCAUUAUGCCUUUAGAGAGUGCGGUGAAUGUUGUAGACUGCUUCUUCUAUGACGGCAUCAAAGCCAUCUUCCAGCUGGGGCUGGCUGUGCUCGAAGCCAACGCCGAGGACCUCUGCAGCAGCAAGGAUGACGGCCAGGCCUUGAUGAUUCUCAGCAGGUUUCUAGAUCACAUUAAGAAUGAGGAGAGCCCCGGGCCCGCAGGUGGCAGCCACCAUGCCUUUUUCUCCGACGACCAGGAGCCCUACCCAGUGACAGACAUUGCUGACUUGAUCCGGGACGCCUACGAGAAAUUUGGAGACCAGUCCGUGGAGCAGAUUGAGCACCUGCGCUGCAAGCACAGGAUCAGGGUUCUCCAAGGCCACGAAGAUACCACAAAGCAGAACGUGCUCCGCGUUGUUACCCCGGAAGUCUCCAUUCUUCCUGAAGACCUAGAGGAACUCUACGACUUAUUCAAGCGGGAACACAUGAUGAGCUGUUACUGGGAACAGCCCAGCCCUGCGGUGCAGCGCCAUGACCCCAGCAGGCCCUACGCGGAGCAGUACCGCAUAGACCAGCAGCAGUUUGCAAACCUGUUUAAGCUGGUCUCCCCGUGGACCUGCGGGGCCCACACGGAGAUCCUCGCCGAAAGGACGUUUAGGCUCCUGGAUGACAACAUGGACCAUCUCAUCGAAUUCAAGGGAUUCGUUAGCUGUCUGGAUAUUAUGUAUAACGGAGAAAUGAAUGAAAAAAUUAAACUGCUGUAUAGGCUUCAUAUCCCUCCAGCACUCACUGAAAAUGACCGGGACAGCCAGUCACCGUUAAGGAAUCCUCUGCUGUCGACUUCGAGACCCCUGGUUUUUGGGACGUCACAUGGUGAUGUAACUGAUUAUCAGAAACAGCUGAAGCAGAUGAUGAAGGAUUUAGCCAAAGAAAAAGACAAAAUGGAGAAAGAGCUGCCCAAAAUGAGCCAGAGAGAAUUUAUCCAGUUCUGUAAAACUCUGUACAGCAUGUUCCACGAAGACCCGGAAGAAAACCAUUUGUACCAGGCCAUUGCCACAGUGACCACGCUCCUGCUGCAGAUCGGCGAAGUGGGGCAGUGCAGCAGCUCCUCCGGAAGCUUCUCCCAGGAGGCAGCUGAGGACCUGCGGGCUCCAGCACCUUCUCCCGACCAGGACUUGGUUUUCGCCGACCCCGGGUCCACUCCCCAGGACUCCCGAGCAUUUCCCGAGGAGGCAGGAAGAGGAGAUUGGACAGUCUCUCUUGAACAUAUUUUAGCAUCCCUUCUGACUGAACAAUCGUUAGUGAACUUCUUUGAAAAACCACUAGAAAUUAAAUCCAAACUUGAAAACGCCAAGAUCAGUCAGUACAGCCUCAAAACCUUUGAAAUGAGCCGCCACUCUCAGCCUGAGCUCAAGCUGGGUAACCUGUAGCGAGGGCCGCUUGCUGGAGCCGACCGGAGCCCACCGUACCAAGGCAGGGACCGCGGACUGUUCCUGGGGUCGUCAGCCCACGAAUCCAGGUCUUAGUCUAGUUCCUGUGGAGUCCACUUUACAAACCAGGUGUCUGGACAGAGCAACUCGACAGCCGGAUCUGUGCCCAGGGAAACUGAGGCAGCCCUCAGACAUUUGUUUAUUCAAGAUCAACUGGACCUUGCCAGCGGUAUAGGGUGUCCAUCCAACAGUCCAUUUGAUGUCGUGGCUUACAGAUUUACUCUUAGCAGAUGUGAUGAAGGGCACUUCUGAUGCCAUGCUAGUAUGGGUUUGUUCCUCAUGUGGGUUAGUCACUGUCCUCCACAGGAGACAAGCCCCCAUGUUCUUUUUCCACUUGGAAUGAUGGGUGGGAUUUUAGUCAAGCUCACGCUCAAGGUCUGAGAGCACUAUCUGUGCAAUUGUAUUUGGCUUUUUUUUUUUGCACUGAUUUUGUUUCAAUGCUGGUAAUUGAAACCAUUUUAAUAUAUUUGGUUGUAUUCACUUUGUAUGCCCUUCCAAAAAUGUCGUGUGCAAACCAUGCUUUCGACGUUGGCCUUAAGUUUUUUAAUAAGAAAUUUUUGUAUUGACUUGGUCCUUUUCUUUCACAUUUCAGCGUCUUAAGGUCUGGACUGUUCCUACCCUCACCAGGCCCAACUGAACUGUCAGUGACUAGGUGAGCUGGACAGACUUCUGGGCCACCCCCCACACUCAGUGGACAGUGACAGUGUCAGUGGGCAUCAACCCCACCUUGGCUGUGCUGGACAGUCACCCACAGGGCGGGACCUCUUUAAUAAACAUCAGCAGUGGAACACCUAGCUUCAACAGCUGAAUUUAACAGCAAGGAUUUGUUCCUGUAUCACGAGAUACGUUACCGCUGAGCCUCGGCUCCACGUGAAGUGGGACUAAAAUACCUCGUAGGCUAUGCCGAAUAACUGAGCUGAACUAGCAAUUCAAGUUCUCACAUUAAGUCAAACAUGGUGUCUUGUUAACUCAUCAAAAUCCAAUUAUUCUAAGACUGUUUUCUACCUUUUUGACAGAUACUCUAUAGACGCAGGCAGAAGCUUAAAGAUGUUAUCACCGUGUUUAAGAUGCUAUACAUGGCACCGAGUAGUUGUUAAAAUGUUAAAAGCGGCCAAUGAACACGCAAGUAAAAGCAUUAACAUACCUCCAGUUUCCCAACUACCCAGGACAAUGGUCUUAAACCAGGUUGCACUUCAAAACUGCCUUAAAAACCACUGCUUAGGUACCUUCCAAACGUUACGUAAAUUUGCCCUCCAAUGUGCCUUUAAACUAAUGGAACCGUUCCUACCUGCAACAAAUCCUUCAUCAGUCAGCUCCACCUGCUGCGUGUGCAGUUUUUAAAUCACUGGAAGGGCUUCUAGCCUUCUUGCAAAGGCGAGAUAAAACCAUACGCACCUGAAGUGCCUAAAAUUCUUAAAGACAGCUGGGAACGGAGCUCGUUUGUUACCUGGAGACUGCCUGGACUCAGACUCUCGUGGUAGGGCGGUGAGCCUGUUGUUAGAUG